GGUGCCGUGGUCUGCGGCGAGGGUGGCGUGCACGGGAUGGCCGAGGCAGGUGACCGUGGCGGGCUGGACAGCUACCGCUCCCCGCUGGCGUCCCGCUACGCCAGCCCGGAGAUGUGCUUCGUGUUCAGCGACAGGUUCAAGUUCCGGACGUGGCGGCAGCUCUGGCUGUGGCUGGCGGAGGCGGAGCAGGCAUUGGGCUUGCCUAUCACAGAUGAGCAAAUACAGGAGAUGAAAUCUAACCUAGACAACAUUGACUUCAAGAUGGCAGCUGAAGAGGAGAAGCGGCUACGACACGAUGUGAUGGCUCACGUGCACACAUUCGGCCACUGCUGUCCAAAGGCUGCGGGGAUCAUCCACCUCGGUGCCACCUCCUGCUAUGUCGGAGAUAAUACAGACCUCAUCAUUCUUAGAAAUGCAUUUGACCUGCUUCUACCGAAGCUUGCUCGAGUGAUCUCUCGGCUUGCUGACUUUGCUAAGGAACGGGCUGAUCUACCUACCUUGGGUUUUACACAUUUUCAGCCCGCUCAGCUGACCACCGUUGGGAAACGCUGCUGUCUUUGGAUUCAGGACCUCUGCAUGGAUCUCCAGAACGUGACACGUGUCCGUGAGGAGCUGCGUUUCCGGGGCGUGAAGGGUACCACUGGCACUCAGGCUAGUUUCCUGCAGCUCUUCGAGGGAGAUCACCAGAAGGUGGAGCAGCUGGACAAGAUGGUGACGGAAAAGGCAGGAUUUAAGAGGGCUUUCAUCAUCACAGGACAAACCUACACACGAAAAGUAGACAUUGAGGUGGCAUCUGUGCUGGCUAGCUUAGGGGCAUCAGUGCACAAGAUCUGUACUGACAUCCGCCUCCUGGCGAACCUCAAGGAGGUGGAGGAACCCUUUGAGAAACAACAGAUCGGCUCCAGUGCGAUGGCUUACAAACGGAACCCCAUGCGCUCGGAGCGUUGCUGCAGCCUUGCCCGCCACCUGAUGACUCUUGUCAUGGACCCCCUGCAGACAGCUUCCGUGCAGUGGUUCGAACGGACCCUGGAUGACAGCGCCAACCGACGGAUCUGUUUGGCUGAGGCAUUUCUCACGGCGGAUACUAUAUUGAAUACGCUGCAGAACAUUUCUGAAGGAUUGGUGGUGUACCCCAAAGUAAUCGAACGGCGUAUCCGGCAAGAGCUGCCUUUCAUGGCCACUGAGAACAUUAUCAUGGCGAUGGUCAAAGCUGGGGGCAGCCGGCAGGACUGUCAUGAGAAAAUUAGAGUGCUUUCCCAGAAGGCAGCUGCUGUGGUUAAGCAAGAAGGGGGUGACAAUGACCUCAUAGAGCGGAUCCAGGCAGACCCCUACUUCAGUCCCAUUCACGCGAAGUUGGAGCACUUGCUGGACCCUUCUUCCUUCACUGGUCGAGCACCCCAGCAGGUGCACAGGUUUCUAGAAGAGGAGGUGUACCCCCUAUUGAAACCAUAUGAAAGCGUGAUGAAGGUGAAGGCAGAAUUAAGUCUGUAGAGCUGGAAGAGAACAAGAGAUCCUUGAGAGUGUGCUCAUUUCUUUUGUGGGAAAUCAAAGCAAUAGUACUAUGGUGCCUUAUUUUACCUCAAGAACUUUUUAAGUUAAAUCAUGCUGCUUAGGGGCUGGGGGGUUGGCUCAGCAGUUAAAGGUACUUAGUGACAAAGCCUGUCAGCCUGGGUUUGAUUCCUCAGCCAGAUGCACAGAGUGGUGCAUGGGUUUGGAAGUGUUUAAAAAAAAAAGAGAACUGUGUUGCUAUUAGAGGCCAGGUUUGCUGGCACAUGACUUUAAUCCCAGCAUUCAAGAGGCUGAGGUACGAGGAUGGGCAUGGAUUUAAGGUCAGCCUGGCCUAGAGUGAGAGUCUGCCUGGGGGCUGGGAGGUGGGAAUUGACAAUAGAGACAAAGACAUAUUGUUUCCUCCACCUUUAUAGCAAAACAAAUUCAUAAUAAAUGUAGCUUAUUCCUUCUGCUCUCUGCAGCUGC